AUGGCUCCCUCAAAGUGGGACGAAGAAUCUGAAGAAUCAUCAUCCGAUGAGUCUGUAGACAUCCCAGUUGCCCGUCGCAAGUUUGCAGACGAAGAAGACUCCGACGAUGUCGCUGAAAACUGGGACGAAGAGGAAGAUUCCGAAGUCGAGAGAGAAAAGGCUGCAAAGGCUGCCGCAGCCAAAGCCAAGGCUGAUGCUGAAGCUGCCGCUAACAAGAAAUCGAAAGCUCAGCGAAUAGAAGAGCACAGAGAGGCCAACCGGCGAAAGCGUCUUGAAGAGGGGGAUGAUGACAGUUCGGAUGAAGAUGAGGCGACAAGAAGGGCACGUCUGCGCCAAACAGAACAAGAUUCCGACCUGAAGCAUGCACAGGACCUUUUCGCAGACGUUGGCCUGGGACCUAAGUCUCGCUCGACUCCCAACAAGGCACUAAUAAUCGAAGACAAACAGAACCCCGGUCAGACAAUUGAUCUGUCAACUCUCUCCAUGUUCAAGCCGGCGACCAAGGCACAGUUUGACGCACUCUCAGCCACCCUGGUCCCUCUGCUGAAACAGUCCUCCUCCAAGCCACAUUACCCCAUUUGGAUGUCGACUUUUGUGAAGCAGAUAUGUGCCGACAUGCCAAGCUCUGAGAUCAAGAAGGUUGCUAGUGCCCUGACUGCGCUGAGCAACGAGAAGAUGAAGGAGGAGAAGGCGCAGGAGAAGGGUGGUAAGAAGACUAAGGCCGCAAAGACAAAAGCAAGCCUCGCAGCCACCCGAGAUAUUGGUAGGGGAGUUGCAGAUGUCACGAGUUAUGAUGAUGGCUUAGAGGAUGACGACUUCAUGUGA